AGACUUAACAAUAGAGCUCAGUGCAAACAGAAGCACAGAGAGCGAGGGGAGGGAAAAGAGAGAGAGAGUUGUAGAGGAGGAAGGGGAGAGAGUGAGAGAGAGAGAGAGAGAAAAAGACACAGAAGCUUUUGGUAAUGAGUAAAGGGAGAAGGUGUCAGUGAAGAGAAGAAAGAGAGAAAUGGAUUUAUUGAGAGGGAGGAGAGGAGUCAGAUAGGGAGAGUGUGUGAUAGACAGCGCUGGUGUGGAGGGGGUUCGGAGAAGAGAGAGUGAGCUCGGCGCGUUUGGAACAGCUCCACUGCUCUCAGAGCACCGUCAUCCAAAAGCAUCAACUCCACCUGAGGAGGAGAACACCAGCAUCGGACUGACCUCCACUGAAUCUAAUCAGCGUAACUUCUCCAGCCUGCGUAAGGAGGAACAGAAAGAGGAACCCGGCAAGCUUCCUGUGCCUUCUUGCUUUCUUUCUUUCUCCUUUUCUACAAAACACACGUUCCUUUUUUCUCCAAUACACAUUUCUGCCAAACCCAGUGACUGACUGAUACUUUCCCUGGAGUGGUAACGGAGUGAUUGUUGAACUGGGUUAGCUUUUUCAAAAAUGGGGACGGUGAGCGAACUUUGCGCUUCCAGCUUUCAAGCGUUCAUGUGUCCCUCCGUGCGUCCAGCUGCUCCUGCAGUCCCGGAUGACCUGACCCCGGAGGAGAAGCAGGAGCUGGAGAACAUACGGCGGAGGAAGCAGGAGCUGCUUGAGGAUAUCAAGCGGCUCAAGGAUGAGAUAGCAGAGGUGACAAAUGAGAUUGAGAACCUGGGCUCCACUGAAGAAAGGAAAAACAUGCAGAGAAAUAAACAGGUGGCCAUGGGCAGAAAGAAAUUCAACAUGGAUCCCAAAAAGGGGAUCCAGUUCCUGAUAGAGAAUGACCUGCUGAAGAACACCUGGGAAGACAUUGCUCAGUUCCUCUACAAGGGGGAGGGUCUCAACAAAACUGCCAUUGGGGAUUAUCUAGGGGAAAGAGAUGAGUUUAAUAUUGAAGUCCUUCAUGCCUUUGUGGAACUUCAUGAAUUCACAGACCUAAACCUGGUUCAGGCCCUCAGACAGUUUUUGUGGAGUUUCCGGUUACCAGGUGAAGCUCAGAAGAUUGAUCGAAUGAUGGAGGCUUUUGCUCAGCGUUACUGUCAGUGCAAUCCUGGAGUUUUUCAGUCCACAGAUACCUGCUACGUCCUUUCAUUUGCUAUCAUCAUGCUGAAUACAAGUCUGCACAAUCCUAAUGUAAAGGACAAGCCCUCAGCGGAGCGCUUCAUAGCCAUGAACAGGGGCAUUAAUGAUGGGGGAGACCUACCAGAGGACCUGCUCUUGAAUCUGUAUGAAAGUAUCAAAAACGAGCCUUUCAAGAUACCAGAGGAUGAUGGAAAUGACCUCACGCACACAUUCUUUAACCCAGACCGUGAGGGCUGGCUGCUGAAACUGGGUGGCCGAGUAAAAACUUGGAAAAGAAGAUGGUUCAUUCUCACAGAUAACUGUCUCUAUUACUUUGAAUAUACCACUGAUAAAGAACCGAGAGGGAUCAUUCCUCUGGAAAAUCUCAGCAUUAGAGAAGUGGAGGAUUCAAAGAAACCCAACUGUUUUGAGCUCUUCAUCCCAGACAAUAAGGAUCAAGUGAUCAAGGCCUGUAAGACUGAGGCAGACGGUCGUGUGGUGGAGGGAAAUCAUACAUUUUACAGAAUCUCAGCCCCAACUGUGGAGGAAAAAGAUGAGUGGAUCAACAGUAUAAAAGCUGCCAUCAGCAGAGACCCUUUCUAUGAAAUGCUCGCGGCCAGGAAAAAGAAGGUGUCCUCUAUAAAGAGACAGUAGGACCUCACAGUUCUUUUAGACAAUGGGCCUCCAAUAUAUUUUUUCUCAAGGUUGAGCGAAGAACAUUUAUCUAUGGACUUAAAACAAAAUGGGCCUGUAGUUCAGGAAGCUGAUGAAGUAAGCCCAAAAGCCAUAACCCUGAACUGGCCCUGUCCCCGUCAGGAACAUUGCUGUGUUUUGAAUACAGGUUGUCUGCACUGAGAACUUUGUCUGAGCCAAAAGCCUGUGUUUUGAGUCACACUGAACAGGAUCAGAAUUUCCUCUGUGCUUCUGGUGUGAACAGAAAACACAUACACACACAAAAAGUGGUAUACUGCAGAAAAGUCUCAGCCUUCUGCUGAAACAAUAACUGCAGAGCUCCAUACCUGCUGUUAGAGCUGUAAAGGGUAACAGACUUCAUAUUAAUACUUAUGGUUUUAGAAUGGGAUGUCUCAAAAACUCCUGUAGGUGUCCCAAUACUUUUGUCCACGUAGUAUGCAUUCAUCAUAAAAAAAACAAUUGCACCUUGAAGAAAAUUUCAUAUUGCAAUGCCAUUUGGAAGGAAUUUUGGAAUAAAAAAUGAUUAAAAAUGGACUGAUAUUGAGCUAAACGUACAGAAGUAGUGAGUAACAGGCGUAACACAAUUGUAGUACCGGUAGUCUAUCCAAUUAAGUUCUAAUAUUCCACAUUUAGUAGCAUCCCACACAUUUUUAAUUAGGGAUGGGUCUGGUGAUGCGGCUGGCCAUGGCAUAGUAUGUGUGACUUCAGGCCAAGCUCUUAACACUGCAGCAGUAUGUGGGUGAGCAUUGUCCUGUUGGAAUAGUGCACUGGUUGCAGGACUUUACAAACAUAACAUUGGGCUGUCAGAGUGCCACUUUGAUAGAUGUGGGAUGCAUGAUAACAGCUUUUUCCAUUUUGGCACUGACCACAGUGGGGACACACAUGCUCGUUGGUUGUCUUCACCAAGAAAAAUGCAUUUUAAUCAUUUAUAGUUGCUGAUUAUCUUCCUUUCGAAUAACAGUGCUGUCCGACACAGUUUUCUUUGUGUGCGACUGUUUUUUUUAAGGAUGAGUGUACAUACAUACACGAUGUAUAAAAUCUCAGUCACAAUAUCAGACAGUAUUUAUGACAGCAAAUAACAUUUAUAUAAAUAUGCUUGUUUAAUCUGCACUCCACUAGUAAACUCUGCGCUACUUGUGGGACACUGUUCUGUGGUUUCCUGUGUGGGGCUUUAAAAUGUAGAUCAUCAUCUCAAAUCAGCAGGUCUGACUGAAUGUGGUAACUGUUUUUCUAACCUUGCUACACAGAUAAACUGUCCUUUUAGUUUUCUUUAAUACAUGUAUAGAUUAAGGAAAUGCACACUUAUUUUUACACAACCUCUGAGAUCUGACAAGCUUUUCUACAUUUCUGUAUCAGCUUUCUUAACCACAUUCAAGUGACUGUUGGCCUGCUUGAAAAAAAAUUAGCUUUUUAUUUUGUAUUAUCUGCUGUGAUUUUUUUAGUAAAGUGUCUUCUUCCUCUUCAGAAAUACUUAUUUUUAAGUGAAAUGUUUGCAUUUGCAUCUGCCAAAGCUUUUUGUGUUUACUUGCAUUGCAUUACAGAAAUGACAGAUUUCUACAGCGGCUUUUUUUAGGCUGUUGAACACAAAGAUGAACUGCACAUUUCUAACAGGCCUGAUCUGUCUGUUGAAAGAUGUUGAAGGAACAUUUGUUUUAUUGUGUUUGCUUUCCUCGUCCAGAUUUAAAGACCUUACAGACUGUUUUUAUCUGUAUCUGUUCAUGGGUGAAAAUGUUACAUUUUCAGAACCGCUGACACAAACAAAAUUCAUUUCUGUAAGAUGUUUUAUUUUAUGAAUAAUGCUUUUGUUGGAUUUUGUAGCAAUGUUUUUCUUGAAUGUUGCUCAGUGCAAGGUAUUUCAGUGUAUAAGCCAUAGUGUGUAAGUUUAGUUUGAGUGCACUGAUAACUGAGAGGAAAAGGCAAUGUUAAAAUAUGAUUUAAUUUAUCAAUGCUGUAUAAAGAUAUACAUUGUUUUAUUUUUAUUUUUUUUGUCAGAAUGUGUGUUGGUAUGUAUGUAUGUUUGUAUAAAAGUAUGAGUUUGAGAAGAAUUUUUGUUUGCUGUUGGGGUUUCAGCAUUGCUUUGUAAUCUUGUGCUGAAAUAAAAUUGGUACAUUGCAACAACCUAUUUAACAAUUCUUUUUACCA